AUGGAUGAUUUUUGGAGCACGUUUUGUGGAGAAUCUGAUUGUCCUGGAAAUGGAGGAAAACCACCUUUCUGUUACGAUUUCAAGAUUUUGAAAGAUCCUUCUUCGUGCACCGACCAAUUCUUGAUCAUCUGCUUUGAUGUUUUACUACUGAUCAUGCUAGCAUUCAUUUUGAUGCAGAAGUUUUUUUUCAAACCAUUUCGUGGUCAGUUUCAGGUGGAAAGAUAUUCAAACUUGCAGCUAGUUUCUGCCAUAACCAAUGGUUCUGUGGGGUUGUUGUAUUUGUGCUUAGGAAUUUGGGUUAUAGAGGAGGAAUUAAGGAAGAAACACACUCUUUUUCCUCUUAAGUUGUGGUUGGCAGAGCUUUUUCAAGGAUUCAGAUGGUUGUUAGUAGGCUUAAGUGUAAGUCUUCAGUUUAAACAACUUCCAAGGUCAUGGUUGUGGUUGUUUACUCUUCUGACAUUAUUUGUUUCAACUAUUUUCUGUGUUUUGUCCAUGUAUUAUGCAAUUAGUAGUAGAAAAUUGACCUUCAAGGAAUCUUUAGAUAUUUUGUCUUUUCCAGUGUCAGUUUUACUACUCUUGUGCACUUAUAAAGUGUAUAAAUGUGAAGACACUGGUAGAGAAAUUGAUGAAGGCCUUUAUGACCCUUUGAAUGGUCAUUUUAAUGAAGUUGAUCAAGAUAAAUAUGUGACUCCAUUUGCCAAAGCUGGAUUCCUUAGUAAGAUGACAUUUUGGUGGUUGAAUCCAUUGAUGAAGAGGGGUCAGGAGAAAACACUUCAGGAUGAGGAUAUCCCGAAGUUGCGAGAAUCAGAUCGAACAGAAAGUUGCUAUAUGUCAUUUUUAGAACAAUUGAACAGGACAAAAGGAAAAGAACCAUUAUCACAAUCAUCAGUUUUGUGGACCAUAGUUUUAUGCCACAGGAGAGAGAUUUUGAUGACUGGAUUGUUUGCAUUGCUCAAGGUACUCACCUUGUCUACUGGUCCUGUACUUCUGAAUGCUUUUGUAUUGGUUUCUGAGGGCAAUGAAAAUUUCAAAUAUGAGGGUUAUGUAUUGGUCGUAUCACUUUUCAUUAUAAAGGUCAUCGAGUCCCUGUCACAAAGGCAGUGGUAUUUCCGCAGUAGGCUUGUUGGAAUGAAAGUUAGGUCACUACUCACAGCAGCCAUUUAUAAAAAACUAUUGAGGUUAUCUAGUUCAGCUAGACUGACAUACUCUGGUGGUGAGAUAAUGAAUUAUGUGACUGUGGAUGCUUACAGAAUUGGAGAAUUCCCAUAUUGGUUUCACCAGUCGUGGACAACAAUCCUCCAAAUAUGUAUUGCUUUAGUAAUACUUUAUAAUGCUAUUGGGAUAGCAACAAUAUCCUCAUUGGUGGUCAUAGUUCUCACUGUGCUUUGCAACGCUCCACUAGGGAAGUUGCAGCAUAAGUUUCAGAGCGAACUCAUGGUGGCACAAGAUGAACGAUUGAAGGCGAGUUCUGAGGCUCUUACAAAUAUGAAAGUCCUGAAGCUGUAUGCAUGGGAAACCAGUUUUAAAAAUGCUAUAGAAAGACUAAGAAAUUUGGAACUGAAAUUGUUGCAAGCAGUGCAAUUGAGAAAGGCAUACAACGUAUUUUUAUUUUGGAGCGCACCAGUUUUGGUCUCUGCUGCUUCUUUUGCAACAUGCUACUUCUUGAAUAUUCCUUUGCAUGCAAAUAAUCUGUUCACAUUUGUGGCAACUAUACGCCUUGUGCAGGAGCCAAUUACAGCCAUCCCAGAUGUUAUUGGGGUGGUCAUUCAAGCAAAAGUGGCAUUUGCCCGGAUAAUUAAUUUCCUUGAUGCACCUGAAUUGCAAAGCGCAAAUCUCAGGAGUAAAUGUUUUGAUGACAGUAAAGGGUCAAUUACAAUCAAAUCUGCUGAUUUUUCAUGGGAAGGCAAUGAAUCAAAGUCAACACUGAGGAACAUAAACCUGGAGAUUAGACAUGGGCAAAAGUUGGCUAUUUGUGGAGAAGUUGGCUCGGGCAAAUCAACUCUCUUAGCUACUAUUCUUGGAGAGGUUCCUAUGAUAAAAGGAACUAUAGAAGUUAACGGAAAGUUUGCAUAUGUUUCACAAACAGCAUGGAUACAGACAGGUACUAUACGGGAAAAUAUUUUGUUCGGAUUACAUUUGGAUGCUCAUAGAUAUCAAGAAACUCUUCGAAGAUCAUCACUGCUGAAGGAUUUGGAGCUGUUUCCCGAUGGAGACCUCACAGAAAUUGGUGAGAGAGGAGUUAACUUGAGUGGAGGCCAGAAACAGCGAAUUCAACUUGCACGUGCUCUUUAUCAGAAUGCUGAUGUAUAUCUCUUGGAUGAUCCAUUUAGUGCUGUUGAUGCACAUACUGCCACAAAUUUGUUUAACGAAUACAUCAUGGAUGGUCUUAAAGACAAAACUGUUAUACUCGUUACUCAUCAAGUUGACUUUCUACCAGCGUUUGAUUUUGUUUUGUUGAUGUCAAAUGGGGAAAUCCUAGAAGCUGCUCCUUAUCAUCAUUUGUUGUCCUCAAGCCAAGAAUUCCAAGAUCUUGUUGAUGCUCACAAGAAAACUGCUGGUUCUGACAAGCAAAUGAAUGUUACUUCUUCCAAGAGGCAUUUAAUAUCUUCUAAGGAGAUUACACAAGCUUUCAAGGAGAAGCAAUUAAAAGCAACAAAUGGAAAUCAGUUAAUAAAGGAAGAAGAGAGAGAGAUAGGAGACACAGGGUUGAAGCCUUACUGUCAGUAUUUGAAUCAGAUGAAAGGCUACAUAUUCUUCUUUGUGGCUUCUCUUUGUCACCUGUUGUUUGUCAUUUGCCAGAUAUUGCAAAACUCGUGGAUGGCUGCUAAUGUUGACAACUCCCAAGUCAGCACAUUGCGGUUGAUUGUUGUUUACUUCUUGAUUGGGGCUGCUUCUACAGUUUUUAUGUUGAUCAGAGUUUUUCAUAUAGUUGCCUUGGGUGUUCAAUCAUCAAAAUAUUUAUUUUUACAGUUAAUGAACUCCCUUUUUCGUGCACCGAUGUCCUUUUAUGACUCCACACCAUUGGGAAGAAUACUUAGUAGGGCCUCAUCAGAUCUCAGCAUUAUGGACAUUGAUAUCCCAUUUAUGAUUUCUUAUACUAUGGGAGGUACUACAAACUUCUAUUCUAAUCUCGCAGUUUUAGCCAUUAUCGCUUGGCAAAUGUUGCUUAUCGCUGUACCGAUGGUAUACAUUGCAAUACGCUUGCAGAGAUACUAUUUUUGCACUGCAAAAGAAGUGAUGCGGAUGAAUGGCACAACAAAGUCCAUUGUAGCUAAUCAUGUAGCUGAAACUACUGCUGGAGUUGUGACAAUAAGAGCCUUUGGACAAGAAGAUCGUUUCUUUGAGAAGAAUCUUGAUCUAAUUGACAUCAAUGCUAGUCCCUUCUUCCAUAGUUUUGCCUCAAAUGAGUGGCUGAUCCAGAGAUUAGAAAUAGUUAGUGCAGUACUUCUUUCCUCCACAGCACUGUGCAUGGUUAUACUUCCUGAAGGGACUUUCACCUCUGGAUUCGUUGGCAUGGCUCUCGCUUAUGGUCUUACACUAAAUGCUCAACUGGUAUUUUCAAUUCAAAGUCAAUGCAGUCUAGCAAAUUACAUAAUUUCUGUUGAGAGGCUAAAUCAGUAUAUGCAUAUACCAAGUGAGGCCCCAGAAGUAAUUGAAGGAAGUCGUCCUCCUUCGAAUUGGCCAGUCUCUGGUGAAGUAGAACUGAAUGAUUUGCAGGUACGAUACAGGCCUGAGGGACCACUUAUACUCCAUGGAAUCACGUGCACAUUCAAAGCAGGGCACAAGAUUGGAAUUGUUGGAAGGACAGGCAGUGGGAAGUCCACUCUGAUCAGUGCAUUAUUUCGUCUUGUGGAGCCAGCAGGUGGAAAAAUUGUAGUUGAUGGCAUAGACAUAUCUUCUAUUGGCCUACAUGAUUUGAGGUCGCGUUUUGGUGUUAUACCUCAAGAUCCUACUCUUUUUAAUGGGACUGUCAGAUAUAAUUUGGACCCUUUAUCACAAUACUCUGAUCACGAGAUAUGGGAGGUUCUUGGCAAGUGUCAGUUGCGAGAAGUUGUCCAACAGAAAUUAGAGGGCCUGAACUGCCCAGUUGUUGAAGAUGGAUCAAACUGGAGCAUGGGACAAAGACAAUUAUUUUGUUUGGGGCGUGCACUUUUAAAGAGAAGUAGGAUAUUGGUGCUGGAUGAAGCAACUGCAUCGAUUGACAAUGCAACCGAUUUGAUUCUACAGAAAACAAUUCGGACUGAGUUUGCAGAUUGCACUGUGAUUACAGUAGCACACAGGAUACCAACUGUGAUGGAUUGCACCAUGGUCCUUUCAAUCAGUGAUGGAAGACUGGUGGAGUAUGAUGAACCAACGAGUUUGAUGACGAAAGAAGGAUCGCUAUUCAAGCAACUUGUGAAGGAGUACUGGUCUCAUUUUCAAUCUGCAGAAUCACAAUGA